AUGGAGGAGGAGCUGGCGGGGGAGACCGACGGCCUGCUUCCUCUGGAGAGGCAGCUCCACGAGGCCGCCCGCCGGAACGACAUUGGGAGGAUGCAGGAGCUGAUCGGGAGGAGGGUGAACGUCAGGGCCAGAAACCACGUGGGCAGGGUGGCCCUGCACUGGGCCGCAGGCGCGGGGCAUGAGCAGGCCGUGCGGCUGCUCCUGGAGCACGAGGCUGCUGUGGACGAGGAGGACGUGGUACGUGGCCCCUCGCUGAGGCGCGUCUGUUUUGGGAUGAACGCACUUCUCCUGUCUGCCUGGUUCGGCCACUUGCGGAUCCUCCAGAUCCUGGUCAACUCGGGGGCCAAGAUCCACUGUGAGAACAAGGAUGGCCUGACCUUACUGCACUGCGCAGCCCAGAGAGGCCACGUGCCAGUGCUGGCGUUCAUAAUGGAGGACCUGGAGAAUGUGGCCCUGGACCACGCAGACAAGCUGGGAAGAACGGCAUUUCACAGGGCAGCUGAGCACGGGCAGCUGGACGCUCUGGACUUCCUCGUGGGCUCUGGCUGUGACCACAGCGUCAAAGACAAGGAGGGGAACACGGCUCUUCACCUGGCUGCCGGCCGGGGCCACGUGGCCGUGCUGCAGCAGCUGGUGGACUUUGGGCUGGACCUGGAGGAGCAGAACGUGGAAGGCCUGACCGCCCUGCACGCGGCCGCGGAAGGGAUCCACCCGGACUGCGUUUGGCUCCUCCUCGGGGCUGGGAGCAGCGCGAACGCCCUCACCCAGAAAAAGCUGAGCUGCCUCCACUACGCGGCCCUCAGUGGCUCUGAGGACGUGUCUCGGGCCCUCAUCCUCGCAGGAGGCUGCACCAACGUGGCUGAUCAUCAGGGCGCCUCUCCUCUGCACCUUGCUGUGAGGCACAACUUCCCUGCCUUGGUCCAGCUCUUCAUCAACGCCCACAGUGACUUGGAUGCCACCGACAAUAGGCAGCAGACGCCCCUUCACCUGGCCGCUGAGCACGCCUGGCAGGACAUAGCAGAGAUGCUCCUUGUUGCUGGGGUUGACUUAACCCUGACAGAUAAGCAAGGAAAAACCGCGCUGGCGGUAGCCGCCCGCAGCAACCACGUCAGCCUGGUGGACAUGAUCAUAAAAGCUGAUCGUUUCUACAGAUGGGAGAAGGACCACCUUGCAUGCAGGGACUCCAGUGACCCCUCUGGGAAGAGCUUGACCUUUAAGCAGGACCACCGGCAGGAAACACAGCAGCUCCGCUCCGUGCUGUGGCAGCUGGCCUCCAGGCAUCUGCGGCCCCACGAGUGGAAGAAGCUCGCAUAUUCCUGGGGGUUCACUGAGGCCCACGUCUAUGCCAUCGAGCAACAGUGGACAGGUACCAGGAGCUACCAGGAGCACGGCCACCGGAUGCUGCUCAUUUGGCUGCAUGGUGUGGCCAUGGCUGGCGAGAACCCCAGCAAAGCGCUGUUCGAGGGCCUCGUGGCCAUUGGCAGAAGGGACCUGGCAGGCUGGAGUGCAGUGGCGUCAUCAUAG